AUGCCUACCCUCGUCGUUCUUGGCGCCGGCCUGUCUGGUCUGCCUGUUUUCCACCAUGCUCUGAAGCACACGGCUCCUCAGGUCAAGGAUCUCAAGGUCAUCCUUGUAACACCCAAUGCUGAGCACUACUGGAACAUGGCUUCGGUCCGUGGCGUCGUCCCGGGACAAUUUGGCGACGACGUGCUCUUCCACCCCAUCGAGCCCGAGCUCGCACAGUAUCCCAAGGACAGCUGGGAGCUCGUUCUCGGCAAGGCAGAGACGCUCAACGACGACAAGAACACCAUCGUGGUCGCCACCAACGACGGCUCUCACCGCACAAUCGCAUACGACGCCAUCGUCAUCGCCACCGGAACCCGCGCCAAGGAGGACAUGCCGUGGAAGGAGGUCGGCACGACGGAGCAGACCAAGAAGGUCCUGCACGACGUCCGCCAGCAGCUCACGGACGCCAAGACCAUCGUCGUGGCCGGAGGCGGCAUCACGGGCGCCGAGACGGCCGGCGAGAUCGGCUUCGAGUACGCGCAGAAGGGCGACAAGGACGUCUACUUCGUCUACGCCGACGAGCUGCCCCUCAGCCCCCCGAUGGUCGACAGCGUCCGCAAGGCGGCACUCAACGAGCUGACCAAACUGAAGGUCAAGCCGGUGCCCAAUACCAAGGUGACCGCGGUCACGACGGGGGCCGACGGGAAGAAGACGCUCGAGCUCACGGGCAAGGACGGCCAGAAGACGACCAUGACGGCGGACGCGUACAUCCCGACCGUCGGGUCGAUCCCCAACACAUCGUUCCUGCCGUCGAGCAUGCUGGAUUCGAAGGGCUACGUCAACCAGGACGCCAGCCUGCGGGUGCCGGGGCGCGAUAAUGUGUUUGUUGUUGGUGACGUGGGCAACCUCGAGGGCGAGUACGGGCGCAUCGCGGACUUGCAGACGCAGCAUGUUGUGAAGAGCAUCCAGGCGCACUUCACGGGGGCGGCGAAGCCCGCGGACUACGUCGUGGAUCCCAAGGUCAUCGCGGGCAUCACCAUCGGCCGCAGCAGGGCGACGGGACAGAUGGGCACGUGGAAGCUGCCCAGUAUCGUGAUCUGGCUGUUCAAGGGCCGCUAUAUCGGCACCGACUACGCCAAGCAACUGGUCCAGGGGAAGAGAACGCUCACGGCCAAGAACUGUGUCGGUCAACUCACCUCCUCCGCCUUCAUCACCUGUGAUCCCAUCCAGGCAACGGCAACGGUGACCAAUGUCUACACCACGGUCUACACCACGACCGCCAUCGCCGCCAACCCCACUUCCAUGUGGACGGCUACCUACACCAUCACCGAGGUGUGCCAGGGCUACCCGUGGGAGUACAAGGGCCACGACAUCCCCCCCUGCUUCGUCCCGACCACCGUCUACUGCGAGCCGUGCGCCGAGAAGACCAUCCCCAUCAUCUGCCCGGCCCCGACCAUGACCGGCGGCGUCAUCAUCAACGGCAACGGUGUCACUGCCGACUCCAUGCCCGUCGUCACCGCCGCCCCUUACGGCGCCUACGCCAACUACGGCUCCUACGGCGGCGGUGCCCAGAACCCCGGCGGUCAGAACCCCGGAGGCCAGCAACCCGGCGGUCAGCAGCCCGGUGGUCAGCAGCCCGGUGGUCAAACUCCUGGCGGCCAGCAACCUGGUCAGAACCCCGGCCAGCAGGGCCCAGGUCAAUCUGGCCAGCCCAACGGUCCCGGUGGCCCAAUCCAAACUGCAAGCGCCGGCGCAGCCCCUGGCUACGGUGUCUACGGCAGCUACGGCAGCUACGGUACUUCCAACGGUCAAAACGGACAGAACGGCCAGAACGGACAGAACGGCCAGAACGGACAGAAUGGCCAGAACGGACAAAACGGAACCCCUGGGACUCCGGGCACCCCCGGCACCCCCGGUACUCCCGGCACUCCCGGCGGCCAGACUCCCGGCGGCCAGACCCCCGGUGGCCAGACUCCCGGUGGCCAGACUCCUGGUGGCCAGACUCCCGGCGGUCAAACUCCUGGUGGUCAAACUCCUGGUGGUCAAACUCCUGGCGGCCAGACCCCUGGUGGACAGACUCCUGGUGGACAGACUCCUGGUGGCCAAACCCCCGGUGGACAGACUCCUGGCGGCCAGACCCCCGGUGGACAAACUCCCGGCGGACAGACUCCUGGUGGACAGACCCCCGGCGGCGCUCCCAACGGCGCUCCCAACGGCGCUCCCAACGGCCCCGCGCCGCCCUCCGGCAGCGGUCCCGCAACCGUCGUCACUGCCGCAGCACCGUCGCUCAAGAAGAGCCUCGGCCUCAUCUGCACUGUCGCACUGGCCGCUGGUCUCUCCGUCUUUGCUUAA